AUGGGCGCCAUUUACGAGCCAGCCGCGCCGUCAACCCCAUGCAUCGUUGUGGCCACAACGCCGCCGCAUUCCUGUGACGCUACCCUAAUGCCUCGCUGUUUUCCACGCAAUCGAAGCGAUAGGAGGAUCUUGCGAAUCUUCCAAGCCAACGUAGGCAAGAUUCCGCCGGCACACGAUUGUGCCCUUGCGUUGGCCGACUCGGAACAAUACGACAUUAUUUUGUUGCAGGAGCCAUGGACAGGACUGAAAGAUGGCCGAUGCCUCACUAAGACGCAUCAGGCCUACGACACCUUCUCACCCGUCAACGACUGGGACGGCCGCGACACUCGCCCGAGAGUCAUGACAUACGUCCGGCGUUCCGCAGGUCUCGUCGCUGAUCAAAAGAGACCUGCGGCGACUCGUGACAUCCUUUGGCUCACCGUCAACGGCAUAACAGUCGUCAACUUCUAUCGGCAGCCGUACCACGACGGAGCCCUUGAAAUCUUGCUUCAGUGGACCGUACCGGACAAGUGUCUUGUUGCUGGUGAUUUCAAUGCCAAACAUCCCAGCUGGCAGGCCGGUCGACGAGAGGACCGCGGCGAAGAAAUAGCGUUUUGGGCAAUGGACAAUCGACUCGGCUUACUGAAUCCUGUCGAUGUCCCGACCAACGCACACGGCAAUACGGUUGAUCUCGCCUUCUGCAACAUACCUCUGGCCGACGCUGUUGUCGAGGAUCAUCUAGCAACCGGCUCCGAUCAUUUUACCCUUAGUAUCACGCUGCCAGGACAAGUUCUGGCACCCCUUCCAAUAGGAAAGAUCCAUCUCAACUCCGACGAGGAAUUGAAGCGAUUCAUUGAAUUAGUGGAGGCCGGUGCCGCCUUCAUCCCGAUCACCACGGCAUCUCCUUCCGAGCUCGACAGCUUUGCGUCGGCGCUCGUGAACCUUCUUGGUUGUGCAGCCAGAGCUGCCGGUCGACCUGCCCGUAAGACUACGCAUGGUGCGCGGUGGUGGACUGAAGAAUGCGCAAAGGCGGCGGCCAAUUACCGCGCGUGGAGGAGAGUUCACUCUCUCGGCUUCGACCGAGAAGUACAGCUAGCCAAGAGGGAGCUCCAUAGCGUGGUGCGCCGGGCCAAGCGCCUUUACUGGCGUAACUUGAUUGACAGCUUCACCGAUAGCGCCUCCGUCUUCAGGGCGGUCCGCUGGCUGAAGUCUCCAGGUCCGUUUCAAGCUCCUCCCCUGCAAAUUGACGACCGAGUGUAUGAGACGCAGCUGGAAAAGGCCACCGCCUUGCGACAAGCCACUCUGGAACGGCGCACGGCGAACGACGACAUCCCAGAUCCGUGGAUCUCCGUGAACACAGAUAGGACGAUACCCUUCACCGACCGAGUCUCUCCGGAGACCCGCGACGCCACGCUACGCACCGGGAAUACGUCCCUGGUCCCGACAAUAUUACGGUGCGGAUGCUCCGCGCUGUCUGGCAUGCGAUCGGAAGUCUCGUCCACCAGCUAUAUCAAGGCUGCCUCAGGAUUGGCCACCAUCCGAAGCCCUUCCGAGAAGCAGAAGUGGUCAUGA